AUGGCGGACGAUACAAGGCAGAACGACCCCAGCGCGACGAACACAGAGCCCAACAGAAAACGACGACCCAGAUCCGACUUUCCCCAGACUCAAGCUGGUAAGUUGGAAGCAGCUUUCGGCAACCCCAAAGAGCCGGUAAAUGCGAUACCUGGCGGCUCGUACAACUCCGCCGGUGGCAAGCCAGCGGAGGUGAGAUGGUGGGACGCCUUGAGCUUUGAUGUCCACAACUCGGAGAAGCGACCAGCCUUCUACCAGACGGGAUGCGCACGCGACUCUAUGCUCGUGGGUAUGGGGGCGGGCGGUGCUAUCGGCGGGUUGCGUUUCGUUCUCAAAGGACUCACCGGAAUGGUGAUGACUACGAAUCUGGCGGUUGCUGGAUUUGCCGCUACGUCAAUGGCGAUGCACUACUGGUGUGACCAACGGCGGCAAGAAGAAGCAAAAGGCAUGGCUCUUGCCAUUGCGGGAAUGAAGAUGCUGAACGAGAAAAAGAGCAAGGAGAAGCUGGAGGCUGAAGAAGCCAACAAGGCCGCUGCAGAGAGACUGGCAAAGAAGUCAUCAUGGUGGUGA